AUGUCGGACUCUGAGGACAUGACUGAGUUCGCCAGCAUUGUGGAGCGUAUCGAGCGGGGCGAGGUUCCUAUCAAGAACAUUGAGCGGGAGCUGAUCUGCCCCAUCUGCAAAGAACUGUUCACGCAUCCACUUAUCCUGCCAUGUCAGCACAGCGUAUGUCACAAAUGUGUCCGGGAGCUGCUCAUGCUAAACUACGACGAUUCCUUGGAUGGCGGCUCCGAGUGUUCAUUGCCGGGCAGUCCCAGAUCCCGCGUGCCGUCGCCCUCCAUGGAGAAACUAGACAAGCUGGUGCGAUCAGCCACAGUGCGAAGGUCGCUCGGAAGUCGAGGUAGACGCGGCCUCCGGCUGUUGAGUAGCUGUAGUAGUCCUCGGAAAAGAAGCGGAAAUAUUGAGAUAAAUCCAGCACUCCUCACUUCUCCUGUGCCCCAAAAACGAUCUAUUGCGUCCCCGGGCUGGCGGCGAGGAUCCGUGACACCCCGGGUCACCACUAUCGCAUGUCCAGGCUGUCAGCACGACAUCGACCUGGGCGAGCGCGGCAUCAGCAUGCUUUUUCGCAACUUCACUCUAGAGAGCAUCGUGGAGCGCUACCGGCAAGCGGCCCGCGCCGCUGUCGCCAUCAUGUGCAACAUCUGCAAACCCCCGCAGCAACAAGAAGCCACCAAGAGCUGCAUGGACUGCAAGGCCAGCUACUGCAAUGAGUGCUUCAAGAUCCACCACCCCUGGGGCACACCCAAGGCACAGCACGAGUAUGUGGGGCCCACCACCAACUUUAGGCCAAAGGUGCUGAUGUGUCCCGAGCACGAGAUGGAGAAGGUGAACAUGUACUGCGAAGUGUGCCGGCGGCCUGUGUGCCACCUGUGCAAGUUAGGAGGCACACACGCCAACCACAAAGUCACUUCCAUGAGCAAUGCUUACAAGAUCCUCAAGGAGAAGCUAGCAAAGAGUAUCCAUUACCUCAUCAGCAAAGAGGACCAAGUCAGGACUCAAAUUACUGGACUGGAGCAGCUCAUCAGUCAGACAGAGGAAAAUGGACAGCUGGCUGAACGUGAGGCCAACGAGCACUUUGACCGCCUAUUCGAGACCCUCCAGGAGAGAAAGUCAGAGAUGCUUAAAUCCAUUGAGCAAUCUCGAAACAGACGCAUGGGACAACUCAAAACCCAGAUGGAGGAGUAUCAGGGUAUGUUGGAGAACAGUGGCCUGGUGGGCUAUGCUCAAGAGGUACUCAAAGAAACCGACCAGUCAUGCUUUGUACAGACUGCCAAGCAGCUUCAUGUCAGAAUUCAGAAGGCCACCGAGUCUCUAAGGACUUUCCAUCCGUCAGCUGACCCCAACUUCGACGAGUUUGUGCUGGACACCUCCAGAGAGGAGACCCUCCUUAAAGAGCUGUGCUUCGGUGGAGUUCCGGACCCCCCUGUGAUUGACCUGUCCAAGAGUCGAGUCUAUAAUGAGGCCACCAUCUUCUGGAGGCUGUCCGACGACCAUCAACCGACAGACCAACACUUACUAGAGUACCGCAGACUGUCUCCGUCUCAAGACGACGUUGGGGAUGGCAUCUGGCAAACGAUGGAGCGCUUGCAUGGUCCCAGUACCACCGUAUGCAGCCUGGACGCUGACAGUUUGUACGCGUUCAGGGUGCGAACCUGCAGGAAUUCCAUCUUCAGCCCUUACAGCCCUGAAGUCACAUUCCACACACCCCCUGCACCAGUGUUUGAAUUCCUGUUCAGCGACAAGUGUGGCUUCAGCACAGAGCGCCUGAUGCUCAACAAGCGACGUGACGUGGUGGAGAGUGUGGCUGGCGUGGCCUUUCUGCUUGCAGCAGAUCGCGUGCAGACAGGCAGCUAUGUUGGUCUGGACUACAUCAUAGGUGAUCCGGGCAUCUCUCAGGGAAGACACUACUGGGCCUUAAAGGUGGAGUCGCACUCCUACAUGGUCAAAGUGGGCGUGGCAUCAGACACAAAGCUACUGGAAUGGUUUCACAACCCGAGAGACACCAGCAGCCCCAGAUACGACCACGACAGCGGCCACGACAGCGGCAGCGAAGACGCAUGCUACGACCUCUCCCAGCCCUUCACCCUCCUUACGGUGGGCAUGGGCAAGCUCUUCAUCCCAAAGUCGUCACCCUCGUCUUCAGCUGCCGCUUCAGGCGACCCGGGCAACCGGGCGCUGCCUAUGCCGCAGCGCUUAGGCGUGUGCCUGGAUUACGACGCCGGCCGCGUCUACUUCUAUGACGCCGACAACAUGCGCUGCCUCUACGAGAGGCAAGUGGACUGUUCGGGGACCAUGUACCCAGCGUUCGGCCUAAUGGGUGGAGGCAAAAUCCAGCUGGAGGAGUUUGUCACUGCUAAGAAGCUCAUCUUCUAA